AGAACACUCUUCUUCAUUCCUCGAAUCUCAAUUCUCAAAUCUCUUGUGCGUUUUAAUUUCUUCUCGAAUCGGAAUCGUUUAUCGGAAAAUUUAGCCAUGGCCGCCGCAACUGAGAAGCUCCCUCAGCUCAAAUCCGCCGUUGAUGGACUUGCUGAGAUGAGUGCGAAUGAGAAGAGCGGAUUCAUCAACCUCGUUUCACGUUACCUCAGCGGUGAGGCUCAGCACAUUGAAUGGAGCAAGAUCCAGACACCUACUGAUGAGAUUGUUGUUCCUUAUGAUAAAAUGGCUAACGUCUCUGAAGAUGCUUCUGAGACCAAAUAUUUGUUGGACAAGCUGGUUGUGUUAAAGCUUAAUGGAGGUUUGGGAACGACAAUGGGAUGCACAGGUCCAAAAUCGGUUAUCGAAGUUCGAGAUGGUUUGACAUUUCUUGACUUGAUUGUCAUCCAGAUUGAGAAUCUCAACAACAAGUAUGGCUGCAAGGUUCCUUUGGUUCUUAUGAACUCAUUCAAUACACAUGAUGACACACAAAAGAUUGUCGAGAAAUACACCAACUCAAAUGUUGAUAUUCACACUUUUAAUCAGAGCAAGUAUCCUCGUGUUGUUGCUGAUGAGUUUGUGCCGUGGCCUAGCAAAGGAAAGACUGACAAGGAUGGAUGGUAUCCUCCCGGUCAUGGUGAUGUAUUCCCAUCCCUCAUGAACAGUGGCAAGCUUGAUGCUUUCUUAUCACAGGGUAAGGAGUAUGUGUUCGUUGCCAACUCAGACAACUUGGGCGCCAUUGUUGACUUAAAAAUCUUGAAGCACCUGAUCCAGAACAAAAAUGAGUACUGUAUGGAGGUUACACCCAAAACCCUAGCUGAUGUGAAGGGAGGAACUCUCAUCUCUUAUGAAGGAAAAGUUCAGCUUUUGGAGAUUGCUCAGGUUCCUGAUGAACACGUAAAUGAAUUCAAGUCAAUUGAGAAGUUCAAGAUUUUCAACACAAACAAUCUUUGGGUUAACUUGAAAGCCAUCAAAAAGCUUGUGGAAGCUGAUGCGCUUAAAAUGGAGAUCAUCCCAAACCCAAAGGAAGUUGAUGGCGUCAAAGUUCUUCAACUGGAAACUGCUGCUGGUGCUGCGAUAAGGUUUUUUGAUAAUGCAAUUGGUGUGAAUGUACCUCGCUCACGGUUCUUGCCAGUGAAGGCAACUUCAGACUUGCUUCUUGUUCAGUCGGAUCUGUACACACUCGUCGAUGGCUUCGUCACAAGAAACAAAGCUAGAACAAAUCCCACGAAUCCAGCUAUCGAAUUGGGACCCGAAUUCAAAAAGGUCGCAAGUUUCCUUAGCCGGUUCAAGUCCAUCCCAAGUAUAGUUGAGCUUGAUAGCCUUAAGGUCUCGGGAGAUGUCUCGUUUGGCUCCGGCGUUGUUCUGAAGGGAAAAGUGUCAGUGAAGGCAAACUCCGGGACUAAACUUGAAAUCCCUGACAAUGCCGUGCUCGAGAAUAAGGACAUCAAUGGUCCAGAGGAUCUGUGAAGAAGUUUGAAAGACUUUUGAUGCUUUCUUUUAAGACUUUGACCCAUCAUUAUCUUUUUGACAAGUGUUGUUUGAAGUUCGAUGUAUGUAUAUUUUCAAA